UCAGUUGAGGGCCACAAAUUAACUUUGUUAGGGCUGGACGUUUGACAUACCUGUGUUAAAGCGUAUUUUAAAAAACUGAUUUUAAAACAUUUUCUCAACUGUCUGUCUACAUAAUUGUUCUAGGUUUGUCAUGCUUGGUAUAAUUGUGUUCAUCUGAGAAAGGGCUUUUGAAUGAGACCCCAACUUGGUCCAUUUCCAACAAUGCUGAGUUAUCAAAAUUUCUACCAACUGAAGGAUCUGGAGCCAGGGAGACAUAUAGGUGGAUGGUGCUUAUUGAGAGAGAUUUCUUCAGGUGAAGGAGAUGGGCUUCUACAUCAGCUCCUUGUCUAGAGCCACCUGCGGCAAAGCACACCCCGACUCCCAGUCAUCCCCAAGACAUUAUCAGGUGGCUCCAAGCUACAAUUACAGAUGGACAGAUCUUCACUACGAGGCUAGCAGGGGCAACAUGGAGAAACUGCAACAACUCCUAGUGACCUCAGACAGGGAGCUGGUUGACAGAAAGGAUUACUAUGGCAAGACUCCACUCUACUGGGCUGCGUAUAAAGGGCAGAAGCUUUCCAUGGAGUUACUGCUGCAACAUGGAGCCAGUGUGAACACGUGCUGUAAACAUGGAGGAACGCCCCUUCAUGCAGCCAUUGGCCUCUUCCCAGACUGCACUCUACUGCUGAUACAGCAUGGUGCUGAUGUGAAUCUUCAGGAUAACUGGGGAGUGACUCCCAUGUACCUGGCAGCUUGCAGUGGGCAGAUAGAGUGUAUCCAGCUUCUGGUGCAGGCUGGCGCUGACAUCACUUACAAGAACAAGAAGACAGGAGCCCCCCCUAAGCGUCUGGUCUCACAAACUGCGCUGAUAUCCUGGAUCGAAUCCUGCUGCCGGCAGCCGCGCUCCCUGAAACACCUCAGCCGCCUGCGCAUCCGAACCGCCCUUGGGCAUCAGAGGCUUGAAGCCAUUGGGGGAUUUGACCUCCCACCCCCACUGAAGCGCUACCUUAUGUAUGAGGACCUUGUUCUGCAGGAUCGCCCAUAGUGGUGGGAAGUCUGCCCAGUCUACACCUGUAUCCACAAGGACAAAGUGACAGUGGAGAGAGGAGCCGACACUGUUUUAUCUUUUCAGUCAUCAGCUCCUCAAAGCCACAAGAGAGAUGGAUUUUGUGUUGUCAUCUUACCUUUCUGUGGCCUAAUCUGAGCCCCACCCUGGAACGGGUCAGAGGCUGCUGUCUGCAGAGACUGCUGGUGAUUCUUAAUCUGGAACAUGCCGGUAGCUCCAGGGUGCAUUCUGAGGAGAGCAAAGCCCUGUCUCCUGCCCUGAAGAGCUUGCUAGGUAACAUGCUACAGCAGGAAUCAGAGAGCUGGUCUCAGCCAGGAGGAGAGAAGGGGCUCCUCUCCCUUCAUUUCUCAUUCAGGGGCUUUGCUGUGAUCUGAUCCCAUGUCCCUUUCCUCACCACAUACCUCCGGUGGUGCAGAGGAACUCGCUCCACUCAAGGAUACCCCUCCCAUCCAAACCAGACUAAAAAGGAAAGCAGGAACGCUCGGUAUCACACUUCCAGGAGCUCCUGAAGGCCCCAGGUCUCAAGUAGAGCCGUGAGCUCUGCCUCCAUGAGCUACUACAUGGAAAUGCCAGAAAUUUUCAUAACCCAGAUCCAAUUCUGAGGAAACAGAGGGGAAGGAACAAGGGCUGUAGAGGGGAGAGGGGUCAAAGAUGAGAUCUGAAAAGAAGAAUAGGAGUAAAAUGCUGAAGAUCGUGCUGUGUCUGCUCCAAGUGUCAGAUCCCUGUUCCCCCUCACCUGCUCAUCCUGAGGACUGCAGCAAGCCUCUGGCAUGGAGGGGUGGGGAUGCCAGGAGGACCCUGCAGAGUAUUGUGCAGGAGGCUACUACCCUGUGCAGAAGGGAGACACAUUCAGUGGAAGAUACCAGGUGGUGCACAAGCUGGGCUGUGGCUACUUCUCUACAGUCUGGUUGUGUCAGGACAUGGUAGAGAAGAGGCGUGUAGCUGUGAAGGUGGCCAAGGGUGGGGAGAGCUUUGCUGAGGCUGCCCAGGAUGAAAUCUCUCUCCUCCAGUGUGUGAGCAGCAUGAAGAAGAAGGACCGAGCAGGGGAGAAUAUUGUCCAUUGUUUAGAUGACUUUAAAAUGAUUGGAGCAAAUGGCUUCCAUGUGUGCUUGGUAUUUGAAUUGCUGGGUCCUUCUCUGCGAUGUCUGCUGAGGAGCCAUGGAGCCCAGGGUCUCCCCUUGCCCUUUGUGAAAAAAGCCUUACAGCAGGUACUGGCAGGGCUGCAGUUCCUGCAUACAAAUUGUCGAAUUAUCCAUACAGACAUCAAGCCAGAGAACAUCUUGCUGCAGUUGGAUGAGGAGAGUCUCCAGAAGCUUUUGCAUGACACAGCUGCCUGGAGCCAAAGCAUAAAUCUGGGCCUAAAGAAACCAGGAAUUCUUGCCAAUCAACUGGAUCAUUGCAAUAUAAUGAAAAUGGGAGUGAAAAUUGCAGACUUAGGCAGCGCAUGCUGGACCUACAAGCCCCUUUCCAAAGAGAUCCAGACCCAGCCAUAUCGAGCCCUGGAAGUUCUUCUUGGGUUAGAUUACAGCACUCCUGCAGAUAUCUGGAGCACAGCCUGCCUGGCAUUUGAAAUGGUGACCGGCGAGUGCCUUUUUGAACCCCAGGCCGGGAAAUAUUUCUCCAAAGAUGAUGAUCAUGUUGCUCGUAUCAUUGAACUCCUGGGAAGAAUUCCUCCUAAAAUUAUUUUCUCCUGGAAACAGUCAUCAAAAUUCUUCAGCAGACAAGGUGCUCUCCUACGGAUUUCCAGGCUUUUCCCCUGCACUCUAUACAACACCCUAAUGGACAGAUACAACUGGACAAAGCAUGAGGCUGCUCCAUUUACUAGCUUUCUUCUGCCAAUGCUGGAAUACACACCAGCCAAACGGACAACAGCAGUGAAAUGCCUCCAACAUCCAUGGCUGAGUAUCCAGUGUCCAGAUCAGCCUUGUGACUCUUUCUCUGGAGAUGGAACACAGAAUAUAAAUUUAUUCCACAGGACAUAGAACUAUACCAGAUGGCAAAUCUGUUGAAGAUGCAGGCCAUAGAAUUCAUAGCGGAAUUCAAGCAUUGGCAGCCUUUCUGUCUCCCACUAUGUUCCUGUCCUUUCACCAGGCUCCAUUCCCCUAACACCAUAAUCCAAGUAGCCUGAUUGUCUCACUCUCUUUCCUCAGCAGCUUGUUGUCUGUUACAAUGGAUCCAUCUCCUCUGUUCCUGAACCUAGGUGCUUUUACUCCAUUACUUUCCCAUUUAUUGCCACAUCUAUGCACCUGCCACCAAUCUGUCUACGGAGAUGGCACAACUAGGGUGACCAGAUGUCCUGAUUUUAUAGGGACAGUCCCGAUUUUGGGAUCUUUUUUCUUAUAUAGGCUUCUAUUACCCCCCACCCCCAUCCCAAUUUUUCACAUUUGCUGUCUGGUCACCCUAGGCACAACUCAACUUCCAUAUUGGUUUCUGCAGAAGCUAGACUUCCAUUAAAAGAACAGGAGUACUUGUGGCACCUUAGAGACUAACAAAUUU